AUGGCCACCAAAGUCUCAGUGCAAAACGUGUUUAGAGCCUUUCUCAAUUAUGCUAUCAACUCCAUCCCAACUCAAACGGGUAUCAGCGUAACUUCCGCGGCGCCUGGAAGUGUCGGACAGCGGCCAUUCACCAAUAAAACUGGAGUAAUCAAAGUAAGAUUAAAAUUACAAGUUUUCCAUUUCAAACUAUUGGAAUUUUCAGCUUCUUUUUGUCCCAGCCAGCUCGUUGCACUCGGCGGGUUGAUUGCUCACAAAGGAGCUUCUUAUUUGGAGGAAAAUGAGAUUUUCGUGCCAACCGAUGAGGAUGACGACGACUAA